CUCAGCGGUGUGAAUUCAAAGUGUAGUACUGUAUUACCGUACUUGAGAUUUUUCAAGUCUCUGUUCCUAAUCCAUCCAUCUUCUUAGCUGCUUAUCCUCACAAGGGUCGCGGGUGUGCUGGAGCUUAUCCCAGCUCUUAACGGGCAGGAGGCGGGGUCCACCCCGAACUGGUUGCCAGCCAAUCGCAGGCCACAUGGAGACAAACAGUGUCCAAUUAAAGUUGCAUGUUUUUGGGAUGUGGGAGGAAACCGGAGUGCCCGGAGAAAAACCACCCAGGCACGGGGAGAACAUGCUAACUCCACACAGGCAGGGCCGGGAUCGAACCCGGGUCCUCAGAACUGUGAAGGCCAAUGCUUUCCAGGUGCUCCACCGUGCCGCCCUCUCACUCCCUGAUGAUUUUUCGGAUGAGUUUUACGUCCCACAUUUCAGUAUAUCUCCACUUUUUACUCCAUUCGUCAAAAUGGGCCAGUUCCUUUAUCAACCUCCACAGAUGACAAGGCAACAUUAUGCAAGUAGAUUAGUGCCACCAGGAUUUGAAUUUGAGACGCCACAGAAAACUGGAUUUGAAUUUGAAACGUAAAGUGAUCACAUUUUCAAUAGUUGUAUUUCAGUGUAACUUUUCAGUGUUAACAAUUCAACAGGCCACAAUUUGCUGUCUGAAAUCUACCCAGCUACAAUUUGGCGUCUAAAAAAUUCACCGUCUGUGCCACCAGGCGGGGUUACUUCAGGUCAGAACCGAACACCCAGCCAGUCGCAGUUACGCUUUCAUACUAUGUGACAUAACGUUACUAAGAAAGCGUAACUGCGAUUGGCUGGCUGGCACAGACGGUGAAUUUUAGACGGCGAAUUUCAGAUAGCGAAUUGUAACAACUAUUGAAAAUGUGAUCGCUUUAUAUUUCAAAUUCAAAUCCUGGUGGCACUAAUCUACUUCUGUACAACAUAGACAUAACUGGUAGACGGGCUAAAGUCAACUGGGACAAGGAAGGGGGAGAAAAAUGAUUAAAAAAAGGAAACUACGGCAACACUAUAAGAAUGCCCAGGCGCCGUGACAAUAAACUAGCUGUCCGUUGUACAUCCCACAUGUAGCAUGUAUGAAAGGCAUUUUUCAAAGAACUCGUGACGUAAAGAAGUCUUGAUCAAGUGGUGGUACAAUUACUGUCUUUGUUCUUUGGUUGGCUGCAUUUGUUCUUUUUGUGCCGAUUUCCACCCCUCCUAUCAGCUUGCAGCUCAGACUCCAGCGUGCGCCCGCUCAAUGGCCCUCUGUGCUGAGACGCAGAAUGGGGGACGAUACGAGCCUCUCCUCCCUCGCUCCAUCACUCCCCCUCCCUCUUGUGUUCCACUCUUCUCUCUCUCUCUCUCUCUCUCUCUCUCUCUCUCGCUGACAAAUGCUCGUCCCUUGACGGAGACCCUGAUGUCACAGGGACGCGAGGGGGGCCCCUGCGGUGCUUCAUUCAGCAAGAUGCCUCUUGGAUUAGAAAGUUAAGAGGGGGGCGGCCCGUGGCUUCAGGUGUGCCAGCAGCAGCGGCGGCGGUGGCGCCGUGAAACUGGAGAAGACGUGGGGGAGAUCUCUUAUCUGGACAUGUGAUUAGUUUACGCACGCAUGGAACUUUGGUGCCUUCUCGUAUGUGCGUCGAGAUCAGAUGCAAAAAGGGGCCAGUGCGGGUGCUUGAUGGACUAGUUUUAGUCAAGUGGAGGACGAAGAGGAUGAUGCACAGGCGUCACUUCCUUCCAGGUUGGAUUUAUUAAGUGUGAAGGUAACUCUUGAAUUUGCUGGACGAUGGCAAGAAAGCCCGGCAGGCAGCGGAGCGCCACGUGCAAACGUCUCCUUCUGGCUGUCCUGCUGACCAGCGCCAUUAUCCUCCUUUACUGCCUGUCCAUGCCCCAAGUGUCCCUGAGUGUAGCCGAAAUUCCUGUGCCUUACUCCUGCGCCCACCGCCCGUCCCAGCCGACCACCAGACCGGGCGGCAACGGCUCACGCGAAAGCGCGGCGGGGACGUGCACCCCAAAAGUGGACAUCAUGUUCAUGAAGACCCACAAGGCGGCGAGCAGCACCUUCCUCAACAUCCUUUUCCGCUUCGGAGAGAAGCAUCAGCUCAAGUUUGCGUUCCCCGACGGCAGGAACGACUUCUUCUACCCCGCCUUUUUCCUGCGCUCCCACGUGAAGGACUACAAACCCGGAAUGUGCUUCAACAUCAUCUGCAAUCACAUGCGUUUCGACGCAGCCGAAGUGGCCAAGCUGCUCCCCCUCGACAGCGCCUACAUCACCAUCCUCAGAGACCCCGCCGAGCUUUUCGAGUCGUCCUUCCACUACUACGGCCGGCUGGUGCCUUUCACCUGGAAGAUCGCGGGAGACGACAAGCUUGCCGAGUUCCUUCGUGACCCCCACUACUAUUUCGACCCAGAGGGCUUUAACGCGUUCUACCUCAGGAACCUGCUGUUCUUUGACUUGGGACAGGACAACACUCUGGAGCUGGGAGAUCCGCGGGUUGACGAAGCAAUCGAAUCCAUCACGGAUCGUUUCCAGCUGUUCCUUUUGGCCGAACAUUUUGAGGAGUCGCUCAUCCUGCUCAGGGAUGCUCUCUGCUGGGAGAUGGAUGACCUCCUCUUCUUCAAGCUCAACGCCCGCAAGGGGUCAACCGUAUCUAAACUGACCCCCGACCUGAGGGCCCGGGCCCUCGAGUGGAACGCUCUUGACUGGAAACUCUACCAGCACCUGAACCGCACCUUCUGGAGGAAAGUGAACGCGUACGGCGUGCGCCGCAUGGCGGAGGACGUGGCGGAGCUCAGGAGGAGGAACGCGGAGAUGGCGGCCGUCUGCAUCGAGGGGGGUCACGCCGUGGACGCCGCCAGCAUCCGGGAGAGCGUCAUGCAGCCCUGGCAGCCCAUCGGGGAGAAAUCCAUCAUGGGGUACAAUCUGAAGAAGAACAUCGACGAGGCUCACAGCGAGGCGUGUCGCAAGAUGCUGACGCCGGAGAUUCAGUACUUGAGCGAGUUCGGGGUCAACUUGUGGAUCACCAAGUUGUGGGGGCACAUUAGAGACAUCAUUAACUGGUAAACAAAGAUUACCGACCGAGAGCAAAAACGAGUUGGAGCUUUUUCAUUUCAAUCAUCCACUGUGGACUGUUUGGAUUCAACCUACUGAAGUACUGAACUGAAUUUAAAUUCCGUAGCACUGAUCUUCCUGUUUACGAGUACAUUUUUGAAUUGGUAAAAUAUUCACACACAAUUUAACGGAGUAAGCAAUUGAAUUAUGUGUCCUUGGUAUUUGUCCUCCUCUGCCAAACUGUAUUUUUAGCCUUAACUAAUAAAACUAUACUGCAAUCUUAAUCAGUUAUGGGAAUUUUAGUCAAAGCAAAUUCCUGGAUGAUGAGCAACCAUAAAUUUAUGAAA